AGGGGCUCAGUUGACUCAGUUUUUGCGGACAAAAAUUUGUCCGCAAAAACUUGCGGACAUUACGUUUUUUUAAUUUUUUCUUUAUUUCUAGCCGUCUUCGAGUAUUUCGAAACCUUUUACAUCUCCAUUUAAUGAUAGCAAUACUUGCAAUGGUUUUAUUACGUUUAGUUCUCUACAUUGAUUUAAUAUUUACUGAUAGACUUGGACAUCAACAAUUAGUUAAUCCCCAGGGGAGAACUAUUAACACAAUGGUUUUUGUUUGUGAAUUGAUGUUUUUUCUGUUGGAAUAUUUUAAAUCUGUUGCUUUUUGGUGGAUGUUUUUGGAGGGUCUAUUUCUUCACAACCAAUUAGUAUUAGCUGUAUUUAAUACAACUCCCCAUUUAUGGCCAUAUUUAUUAACUGGUUAUGGUGUUCCUUUUAUUCACACUCUUGGCUGGUUAAUUAUACUUUUUAUAAAGAAGAAUGGAAAAUUGGAAAGGUGUUUGGGUAGUUAUUAUUUGGAGGUUGAAUUUUGGAUAUUGGAUGGACCUAGAUUGGCACAACUUGUUAUCAACACACUUAUGCUUAUCAAUGUUAUUAGAGUAUUGUGGCUUAAAGUUCGCGAUUCACGUUCUAGUAGUGAACUGCAAAGAACAAAAAAAUCUGUCAAAGCAGCUUUAAUGUUAAUUCCUUUGUUGGGUAUUCCUAAUAUUAUGCAAACUAUUCCUUUCUCGCCCACACAAGACAAUAUUACUUAUUUUGCUAUUUGGACUUAUUGUGCUUCUUUUACUUAUAUGUAUCAAGGAUUUAUGAUUGCAAUAAUUUAUUGUUUUACCAAUCGUGAAGUGCAAACCGUCCUUAAAAAUUGUUACAAUCGUCACCGUCUAAAGCAUUCUCGCCCCUUAGACAGGCACAAAGGUGGAGGUUCUCAUUAUACUCAAAUAGCUUCAAAAUACAAUAAUAACAACAAUAGCAGUUCUAAUGGAAUAAAUAAUAAUAACAAUGAUAAUGAAAAACAACGUGGAGGGAAACUUGUUAGUGGAGGGCAAAUAGCGAGUGUUGAUAGUGGGGAAAGAUUUUUGUUUAUUCGGUCAAAAAUGAUACAAGAAUUGGAGGAGAGAGAAGGAGGAAAUGAUAAUAUUAAACAAUUAAACGAAUCCAAAAACAACAUUAACAACAACAAUUCAAUAUCAUCAAACCAUCAAUAUAUCAAACGUUGUUCUUUACCUAUUAAUAAACACAAAAGACAUCCAAUACUUCCCUCUACAAAAAUUAAAUUAAAAAAGCAAUUAUCAAUUCAUCAAUAUCAAGAAACAAAUAAUAAUAUUGACGAGGAGAAUUAA